AGCCUAAGAUGUUUGGCACAAGGAGAACUUCGAAGCCGUCUGGAGACACAGCCCUUGCAUAGAGACCAUUCUCAAGAAAUGCGGGAAGAGUCCCAAAGCCCUGAAUGGUAUUAAACAAGAAGGUCAAAAAAGGAGAGGUCGAGAUCCCCAUCCAGGAACAAAGUCAUCUCCCCCCAUAGGCAGUCUCCCGCCUACAGAGCUCCACGCAACGACGAAGACCUAAUGGAAAUCAUAACCAUCGCGGGAGGCAGAAAGCGCCCAAGAUCGGAGGGAGACCGCAAAGCCUAGUGCCUCACCGUCCAACGCGAAGUGUCAACCGACGUCACCUUCUUACCGACCGAGUUGGCCAAAGAAGAAAACACAGAGGACCCCUUGGCCAUCUCCUUCAGAACCGCCAAGUUCAUGCUCACCCAGGCUCUAAUAGAUAACGCGAGCUUCGCAGAUAUCCUCUUUUACUCCGCACUCAAGGGUAUGAAGAAGAGCAUCCAAGACCUCAACCCCUCCAAGUUCAUGCUCACCCAGGCCCUAAUAGAUAACGAGAGCUUCGCAGAUAUCCUCUUUUACUCCGCACUCAAGGGUAUGAAGAAGAGCAUCCAAGACCUCAGCCCCUCCAACACCAGCUUGGUAGGAUUCUCAUAUACAAAGGUCUGUGUCCUCGAAUCAAUCACGCUCAAGGUCACCAAAAGAGAGGGCGGGAUCAUGAAAACUCGUCCGGUGGAGUUCCACGUAGCGUACUGUCCCUUGGCUUACAACUCCAUCCCGGGGCCAGUUUCCUUGCGUCCUUCGAAGCAGUCGCCUCCAUAUGCCACCAUAUGCUGAAAUUCCCUAGCAGAGGGGAAACAUGACGCAUCCGAGGCAACCUAAAAGAAGCCAAUGAAUUCUACCAAGCGACCAUUGAGCACCUCGAGGUCGACCUCAUCGACUCAAGAGGAGACGUCCUACGUCCCGAAGUGGUCGAGGGCAACAUAGCGAUAGCUCUAAACGAAGAGAGACCGGAAAGGAUAGUACGCAUUUCGGCACACUUUUCCAAAGAAGAGGCACAAAAGUUUCUCACGCUCCUUAGAGAGUUCCAAGACCUCUUCGCAGGGGGACCGGAGGACAUGCCCAGCGCUCCCUGUAGGAUCGCCGAACAUCGGCUCUCUGUGAAGCCCAAAGCGCGACCAAUACAACAACGAAGAAGACACUUGUCAUUAGAGAGGCAAAUGGCUCUCGAAGAAUAGGUGUGGCGUCUAUUCAAAGCUUGCUUCAUCCGGGAAGUACAAUACCCCACAUGGCUCUCAAACGCGGUCUUUGUAUGCAAGGGAGGGGGCGCCUGGAGGAUGUGUAUUGACUUCACCAACCUCAAUGGGGCGUGUCCCAAGAAUGCAUAUUCCCUUCCCCGCAUUAAUUAACUAAUCGACGGAACCGCCAACCAUGAAGCACUGUACUUCUUGGAUAUGUUUUCUGGAUAUCACCAAAUCAGAAUGGCAGAAAGCGACAAAGAGCUAACCACUUUCAUGACUCCCAUGGGUAACUUCUUCUAUGUUGUCAUGCCUUAUGAUUAAAAAAUGCAGGAGCGAUCUCCCAGAGGAUAGUUGAUGCGGUCUUCAAACACCAUAUGGGGAGGAAUAUCGAAGCAUAUGUAGAUGAUGAUCUAGUCAAGAGCAAGAAGGCUGGCGACCACCUAUCUGAUGUGAGAGAGACCUUCAAGAACCUACGACGGAAAAACCUCAGGCUCAACCACUCAAGUGCAUCUUUGGAGCAAGAGCGGGAAAGUUUCUAGGUUUCAUGAUCAUGAAGAGGGGGAUUGUAACACCCCGUUCCGGCAAAACCCAUAUUUCGAUCGCUAGAAAGUUCGCGAUUUAAGAUCGAGCGUUUUAACAAUAUUUCGGUGAAAAUCGGAUUAUCGAUCGAUCGGAUAAGUAUACGUAUUAAUUAUAUAUAUAUUAUAUAUAUAUAUAUAUAUAUUAUAUAUAUAUAACCUGUCCAUUUAAAUCCCCCACCGUUUCAUUUUUCAUUUCCCCAUCUUCUUCUUCUUUCUUUUCGGACCGAGAGCAAGAGAAGCAAGCGCACACAGGAAGCGUCUGUGCAAAAAUUCCCAAGCUCAAAAUCUUGAGCUCUAGUGAUCCAAAAAUCCCGAAUUUCUCGAAUUCCCGAUAAGCCAAAUUAGGGUUUCGGAGUAUCCGGAAGCCGGAUUGAGCCCAAAUUUCAUAUACGAGCUUCCUGCAGCGAGGGGAUAUUAGGACGGUCUCGGAUUUUAAUUCGGGGUUCGUUCGUGAAAUUGAUGUUUUAGUACCGGAGGCUAGAACCGGUGUUUGAACGACCAGAACUGGUGAGGGAUUAGCACGGCAUACCGGGUUUGUCGUAUCACGAUAAUUAUAUUGAUGCUUAGAAUUGACCUAGGUGAACUAGAAUGGCAUGAUUAGGGGUGUAUGGAUUUUUGUGCUAUAUGAUGAACCCUGGACUGUUGUAUGAUAUUAUUGACUUGCCCUAAUCGAUAUGAACUUUGUUUAUGUGGAUGAUUGCAUACAUGUUGCCAUUUGUGGCUUAACUGUUUAUAUGACUUCAUGGUUGUUCGAUAAGGGGUUUUGACAUGGCGUGAUAUUAUGGUUGUAUUUGGAUCCAUAAGUGGUGGAAUAAACUUCCCAAGGUGAU